AUGCGACAACGAAAUCUAAAUACUAUUCAACUUCGAAAUGUUACAAAACUUAGAUUUGGAUAUUUUUGUCGUCGUCGUAUUGCUCCUAUGACAUUAAAGUAUCAAGAUAAACCACGUGCAGAAAUACUUGCUUAUCUUAUUUCAAUGCCUGUUCAACUUAAAUAUCUUUUUGUUCAAAAAUUUGAAUGGCUUUUAUUUGCUAUUCAAUAUGCUUCUCAUCACUUGAGAAAAAAUGCAUUAAAUACUGUUCGAUAUGCUGAAUUUAGUAUUUCAAGUUGUAAUGUUGGUAAUAAUGAUUCAACUCAGAUUGGCGAACUUCUUGUACCUAUUCUGAAUAUUUAUAUGCCUUAUUUACAAACAUUACGUCUAUGGAGACCAGAUGAUUUUCCUUGGACCUCAAAUGAACAUGUUAUUGUAUUUGAACAAGAUCUUUGUCAAUUAGUCGAGCAAUUAAAACAACUUGUUUAUCUUGAUAUUUAUGGCCAAAUUGAUCCUAAAAAAGUCAAACCUUAUCACUUAAUGGUUCAAAAACGGUUUCCAAAUAGUCGAAAUGAUAUUCAAAUCUCAAGAUUUUCUCUUUGGAUUUAA